AUGGCAAAGCAACAAGAACAAGAUCCAACAAACCUGUAUAUAUCUAACUUGCCAUUGUCCAUGGAUGAGCAAGAGCUUGAAAAUAUGCUUAAGCCGUUUGGGCAGGUGAUAUCGACAAGGAUACUACGUGAUUCCAGUGGCACCAGUCGCGGAGUUGGAUUUGCAAGGAUGGAAUCAACAGAGAAAUGUGAAGCAGUGAUCAAUCAUUUUAAUGGAAAGUUUAUUAAAACUCUUCCUGGUGUCUCAGCUCCUACAGAAGCUCUGUUGUGCAAGUUUGCCGAUGGAGGUCAAAAGAAGAGACAGACCCAGAACAAAUAUGUCCAGAAUGGAAGAGCUUGGCCGAGAGAAGGGGAGGCUGGAAUGACAUUGACCUAUGACCCCACUGCUGCUAUUCAAAAUGGGUUUUAUCCUCCGUAUAGCAUCGCCACAAACAGGAUGAUUACACAGACUUCGAUCACCCCUUAUAUAGCAUCUCCUGUCUCAACGUACCAGGUGCCAAGUCCAUCCUGGAUGCAGCCUCAGCCCUACAUCAUGCAGCAUGCUGGAGCUGUCUUAACUCCCUCCAUGGACCAUACCAUGUCACUACAGCCUGCAUCGAUGAUCAGCCCUCUGACCCAGCAGAUGAGUCAUCUGUCAUUAAGCAGCAGUGGAACAUAUAUGCCUGCCACAACAGCUAUGCAAGGAGCGUAUAUACCGCAGUACACACACGUCCAAACAGCUGCCGUCUCUGUGGAGGAACCCAGUGGUCAACAGCCAGUGACAGUAGAGACGUCUAGUGAACAUUCUCCAUACACCUAUCAACAGAACAAGUAA